AUGGCUAGCACCAGUGGAACAAAGGGUCCUUUUGAGAUCUCUAGACAACCGUCUAAGAGGAUGAUAAGGGCACCAACAAGGACUGUUGAGUUGCCAAAUGAAGAGAAUAUUAUGGAUAGUGAGAUUGUUCCUUCUUCACUUGCUGUUCUUGUGCCAAUUCUUAGAACUGCCAUUGAUAUUGAAGUGGAGAAUCCUAGAGUUGCAUAUCUUUGUCGCUUUCAUGCAUUUGAGAAGGCUCAUACAAUGGAUCCAACAUCAAGUGGCCGUGGCGUUCGUCAAUUCAAAACUUAUCUCUUGCACAAGCUCGAAAGGGAAGGGGAGAUAACGGAGAAACAUACUAAAAGAACUGAUGCCAGGGAGCUACAGAGUUACUACCAAUAUUUCUACGAGACUAGAAUCCGGGGUGGUGAAUUAACUAAAAAACCGGAGGAGAUGGUUAGGAAUGUUCAGAUUGCCACUGUGUUGUAUGAAGUACUGAAGACUUUGGUAACUCCACAAACCAUCGAGGAGAAGACAAAAAGAUAUGCUGCGGAUGUUGAGAAAAAGAAGGGACAGUAUGAGCAUUAUAAUAUCCUUCCAUUAUAUGCUGUUGGUGCUAAACCGGUGAUCAUGGAACUUCCCGAGAUCAAAGCCGCAAUUGCUGCUUUAAGUAAGGUGGAUAAUCUUCCAUUGCCUUUGAUUCAUUCAAGACCUGAUAAUGAUGAUUCUACAAUGCCUAUGGAGAGGGUUAAAAAUGUGAAUGAUAUACUCGAUUGGAUCGCCUCAAUUUUUGGGUUUCAGAAAGGAAAUGUGGCAAAUCAAAGGGAGCACCUUAUAUUAUUACUUGCCAACAUGGAUAUAAGGAACAGGUCUGCAUCUUAUGAGAUCCGUGAAGAAACUGUAGAGAAGUUGAUGGCUACAACUUUCAAAAAUUAUGAAUCAUGGUGUCAAUACGUGCGUUGUAAAUCAAAUAUUAGGUAUUCAGAUGGUCAUGACAAACAACAAUUAGACCUGAUUUACAUUGCACUUUAUCUUCUAAUUUGGGGAGAAGCUUCAAAUAUUCGCUUUAUGCCUGAAUGCCUUUGCUAUAUUUUCCAUCAUAUGUGCAAUGAUGUCUAUGGGGUUUUAUAUAGCAAUGCCAUUCAAGUGAGUGGAGAUGCAUAUCAAAUAGUAACACGUGAUGAUGAACAUUUUCUGAGGGAAGUUAUAACACCUUUAUACGAAGUUUUAAUGAAGGAAGCAAAGAGAAGUAACAAAGGCAAAGCAAGUCACACCAAUUGGAGAAAUUAUGAUGAUCUUAACGAAUACUUCUGGUCUGACAAAUGUUUUAAGCUGAAUUGGCCAAUGAAUCUCAACUCGGAUUUUUUUAGGCAUAAUGAGACACAAACAGCAAAUCAGGGCCGAGGCCGGGGCCAAGCCAGCACUGGAGCUGGGAAGAAGAAGCCUAAAACAAAUUUUGUUGAAGUUCGUACAUAUUUGCAUCUUUAUAGGAGUUUUGAUCGAAUGUGGAUUUUCUUUAUAUUGGCUUUACAGGCAAUGAUUAUAAUUGCUUGGAGUAACUUGGGACUUAUUGGAGUGCUUACCGAUGAUGAUGUCUUCAGAAAUGUUUCCAGUAUAUUUAUUUCAUAUGCUAUUCUCAAUUUUUUUCAAGUAACUAUCGAUAUUAUUCUCGUCUGGAAUGCAUUGAGGAACAUGAAGUUUACUCAGUUGCUUCGGUAUUUCCUGAAGUUUGUGGUAGCAGCGGUUUGGGUUGUUGUUUUGCCAGUGAGUUUUAGUAGUUCUCUUCAGAAUCCAAGCGGUCUUCUAGAAUUUUUCACCCACUGGGCUGGGGACUGGGGGCCUGGGUCACUCUAUUACUAUGUUGUUGCAAUAUAUAUGAUACCAAACAUAGUGGCUGCAAUACUAUUUUUCCUUCCACCCAUGCGGAGAACAUUGGAGCGCUCAAAUAUGCGAAUUGUUACCCUUUUAAUGUGGUGGGCUCAGCCGAAGUUGUAUGUUGGUCGGGGCAUGCACGAGAGCAUGUUUUCACUGAUUAAGUACACCCUCUUCUGGAUUAUGCUUCUAAUUAGCAAGCUAGCAUUCAGUUACUAUGUCGAGAUAUCACCCCUUGUUGAACCGACAAAAUUGAUCAUGGCAAUGCAUAUAGAUAACUACCAGUGGCAUGAAGUCUUUCCAGAGAACGAUAUUCACAAUUUAAGUGUUGUAAUUUCAAUAUGGGCUCCAAUUAUCCUGGUUUAUUUUAUGGAUACUCAAAUAUGGUAUGCCAUUUAUGCCACUUUGUUCGGUGGGAUUAUUGGAGCCUUCAGCCAUUUGGGUGAGAUAAGGACACUUGGAAUGCUCCGCUCCAGAUUUCAAUCUGUACCACUAGCUUUCAGUGAAAGCUUUUGGACUGGAAGAAACAAAAAGAACAUACAAGAGGAAUCGGAUGAUGCAUAUGAACGGGAUAAUAUUGCAUACUUCUCUCAGGUUUGGAAUGAGUUUAUAAAUUCUAUGAGAGAAGAAGACCUCAUCGGUAACAGGGAUAGAGAUUUGCUUCUUGUUCCAUACAGUUCAGUUGAUGUUUCGGUCAUCCAGUGGCCUCCAUUCUUGCUCGCUAGCAAGAUUCCUAUAGCUGUCGACAUGGCAAAAGAUUAUAAGAAGGACGAUGAUGCAGAAUUGUUUAGAAAGAUUAAGAGUGAUGGUUAUAUGUUCUCAGCAGUUGUUGAAUGCUACGAGACUCUCAAGGAAAUCAUACUGAGCCUUCUCCUAGAUGCAGAAGAUAGACAGGUUAUACAGCUCAUAUGCUACAAAGUAGAAGAAUGCAUAGAACAUGAAAAUUUUGUCAAAGAAUUCAAAAUGAGUGGUUUGCCUUCACUCAGUGAGAAGUUGGAGAAAUUCUUAACUCUAUUGCGAGCUGAAGACAACAAGUCUGAGUCUCAGAUAGUCAAUGUGCUGCAGGAUAUUGUAGAAAUUAUCAUUCAGGACGUUAUGAUCGAUGGCCACGCAAUUCUGCAUGCACCUCAGCAUCAUAAUGUUCAGAGUGGACAGCAGCAGAGGUUUGUUCACAUUGAUACUUCAUUUACACAGAAGAGAUCGGUGAUGGAGAAGGUUAUUAGACUUCACUUGCUUUUAACCGUCAAAGAAUCCGCUAUAAAUGUGCCCCAAAAUAUUGAAGCCCGCCGCCGUAUUACAUUCUUUGCAAACUCCUUAUUUAUGAACAUGCCAAAGGCUCCUAAAGUUCGGGAUAUGUUGUCUUUCAGUGUUCUAACACCAUAUUACAAAGAGAAUGUUCAAUAUUCCAAUGAUGAACUCAAAAAGGAAAAUGAAGAUGGAAUUUCGAUUUUAUUCUACCUAACAAAGAUAUAUCCUGAUGAAUGGGCCAAUUUCGAUGAGCGCAUGAAAAGUGAAAAUGUUGACGAAGAAGAAGAUAGGGAGGAAUAUGUUCGUCAGUGGGCAUCUUACAGAGGGCAGACACUUUCUCGAACAGUGAGAGGAAUGAUGUACUAUUGGCAAGCCUUACUCCUCCAGUACCUCAUAGAAAAUUCAGGAGAUUAUGGUAUUUCUGAAGGCUACCGGACUGUGGAAAUCAACGACAGAGAUAAGAGGCUUCUUGAACAAGCAAAAGCUCUGGCUGAUUUAAAGUUCACCUAUGUCGUUUCUUGUCAACUGUAUGGUUCGCAAAAAAAGUCUAAAGAUACUUUUGACCGAAGCUGUUACAAUAAUAUUCUCAAUCUGAUGGUAACGCAUUCAGCGCUUCGUGUUGCAUAUAUAGACGAAACAGAAGACACAAAAGGGGGAAAGAAAGUCUAUUACUCUGUGCUUGUCAAGGGAGGGGAUAAAUAUGAUGAGGAAAUAUAUCGCAUAAAGCUUCCUGGUCCUCCAACCGAAAUUGGGGAAGGGAAACCUGAAAACCAAAACCAUGCCAUUAUAUUUACUCGCGGUGAAGCUUUACAAACCAUAGACAUGAACCAGGAUAAUUACUAUGAAGAAGCUUUCAAAAUGAGAAAUGUAUUGGAAGAAUUUCACGCGCAUAAAGGGCAAAGGAAACCAACUAUAUUGGGUCUAAGAGAGCAUAUAUUUACAGGAAGUGUUUCAUCACUUGCUUGGUUUAUGUCGAACCAAGAGACCAGCUUUGUGACCAUCGGGCAACGAGUUUUGGCAAAUCCUUUAAAGGUUCGAUUUCAUUAUGGCCAUCCAGAUAUAUUUGACAGAAUCUUCCACAUAACAAGAGGUGGCAUAAGCAAAGCAUCAAAAACUAUCAACUUAAGCGAGGAUAUAUUUGCAGGGUACAAUUCAACUCUUCGUCAAGGAUAUAUUACGCAUCACGAGUACAUACAAGUUGGUAAGGGGCGAGAUGUUGGCCUGAAUCAGAUUUCACUCUUUGAGGCUAAGGUUGCAAAUGGAAAUGGAGAGCAAACACUUUGUCGUGACGUUUAUCGUCUCGGCCGAAGAUUUGACUUCUUCAGAAUGUUGUCGUUCUACUUCACAACAGUUGGGUUCUAUUUCAGCAGCAUGAUAACUGUGCUUACAGUUUACGUGUUCUUAUACGGACGUGUAUAUAUGGUAUUGAGUGGAGUUGAGAGAGAAAUUAUUCAAAGUCCGAACAUACAUCAGAGCAAAUCCCUCGAACAAGCCUUGGCAUCUCAGUCUGUAGUUCAAUUGGGUUUGCUUCUGGUGCUUCCCAUGGUUAUGGAAAUCGGUUUGGAGAAGGGAUUUCGCACGGCCUUGGGUGAUUUCAUCAUCAUGCAACUUCAGUUAGCCUCUGUGUUCUUUACUUUCCAGCUUGGAACAAAAGCUCAUUAUUACGGACGAACACUCUUGCACGGAGGCUCUAAAUAUAGACCAACAGGUCGCGGAUUUGUCGUCUUCCAUGCAAAGUUUGCUGAUAAUUACAGGAUGUACUCACGGAGUCACUUUGUGAAGGGCCUCGAAAUACUUAUACUAUUGAUUAUUUACGAGAUCUAUGGAGAGUCGUACCGUAGCUCAACUCUUUAUUUCUUCAUCACAAUGUCAAUGUGGUUUUUGGCCAUUUCUUGGUUAUUUGCUCCAUUCUUGUUCAAUCCUUCUGGUUUUGAUUGGCAAAAAACGGUGGACGAUUGGACAGAUUGGAAGCGAUGGAUGGGAAACCGUGGUGGUAUUGGUAUUCCGGCGAAUAAAAGCUGGGAAUCUUGGUGGGAUGAAGAGAACGAACACCUGAAAUUCUCAAAUGCCAGGGGGAAAAUACUUGAGAUUCUUCUAGCAUGUCGCUUCUUUAUCUACCAAUAUGGAAUCGUCUACCAACUGAAUAUUGCGCGCCGUAGCAAAAGUAUUCUGGUAUUUGCACUUUCUUGGGGAGUUUUGGUUAUAGUCCUUAUUGUCUUAAAGAUGGUUUCCAUGGGUAGACGAAGAUUUGGCACCGACUUUCAGCUCAUGUUUCGUAUUCUCAAGGCGCUUCUGUUUCUCGGCUUCUUGUCAGUAAUGACAGUGUUGUUCGUUGUAUGCGCGCUUACUGUAUCCGAUCUGUUUGCUUCCAUUCUUGCCUUCAUGCCCUCUGGAUGGGCCAUUAUUCUGAUUGCGCAAACAUGUAGGGGACUCUUGAAGUGGGCGAAACUAUGGGCUUCGGUGAAAGAGCUUUCGAGAGCAUAUGAAUAUGUUAUGGGACUAAUAAUCUUCAUGCCAACAGCAGUUUUGUCAUGGUUCCCAUUUGUGUCGGAGUUCCAAACUCGGUUGCUAUUCAAUCAAGCGUUUAGUCGAGGACUUCAGAUUUCAAUGAUUCUUGCCGGAAAGAAAGACACUUACAACAAAGCCGAAUGA